UUCCCGGAGGCGCAGCAGCCGCGGCCCCUCCCCCGCCGGCCGCUCCGGCUCGGGGCUCGCCGGGCGGGAGAGUUUCGCUCCCGGGUGGGAGAUGCCGCGCGGGCUCCGCGUCCUCGCAGAUUCCCAACCAACAUAAUGCUAAAGCUCCCAACUUGGAACAAGCGUUUCACAGGAUGGCACAAAUGGAACCUAAUCUGGACCAUGACGUGUCAUGGUUCCUCCUUCCGUCAUACUGGGCUAAAAUGGUUGUGGCAUUAAUUUCCUUCCUCUGUUUUGCUAACAGCUAUGAUGGAGAUUUUGUCUUUGAUGAUUCUGAAGCCAUCAUCAAUAAUAAGGACCUCAGGGCAGAAACCCCGCUCGGCGACCUGUGGUAUCAUGACUUUUGGGGUAGCAAACUCAGCAGCAAUACCAGUCAUAAGUCAUAUCGACCACUAACUGUCCUAACUUUCAGAAUUAAUUACCUUUUUGCUGGAGGCUUCUACCCGGUUGGUUUCCAUGUCAUCAAUAUAAUACUGCAUUGUACUAUCUCAGCGUUGAUGGUUGAUGUGUUUUCCAUAUUAUUGGGUGGAUUGCAAUUCAGUAAUAAAGGAAGACGGCUAAACCUGGCUCCAAAGUCCUCUCUUCUUGCUGCUUUGCUCUUUGCUGUACAUCCAGUGCACACCGAGUGUGUUGCUGGGAUUGUUGGCAGAGCUGACCUACUGUGUGCCCUGUUCUUCCUGUUGUCAUUCCUUGGCUACUGUAAAGCAUUUAGAGAAAAUAAGGAAGGACAUAUGUUUUCUGUAUUCUGGGUACUGGUGAGUGUUGUCCUAGGUGCAAUAGCCAUGCUGUGCAAAGAACAAGGAAUUACAAUACUGGGUUUGAAUGCAGUGUUUGAUGCACUGGUGAUUAACAAGAUAAAUCCUUUGGAGCUCAUUCGAAAAUUACUGUAUAAGGACAAGGCAUUGGAGAAUGCUGGGCUGUUAAGGAAGGGGCUGCUUUUCAGGAUAACUCUUUUGAUGUGUGGAGGCGCCGGCAUACUUUAUAUCCGCUGGAGGAUUAUGGGCACAGGACCGCCAGCUUUCACUGAAGUAGACAACCCAGCUUCAUUUGCUGACAGUCUGUUUGUAAGAGCUAUAAACUAUAAUUACUACUAUUCACUGAAUGCAUGGUUGCUGUUGUGUCCCUGGUGGCUGUGUUUUGAUUGGUCAAUGGGCUGCAUACCCCUCAUUAAAUCCGUCAGCGACUGGAGGAUAAUUGCACUAGCAGCACUUUGGUUCUGCCUAAUUGGUCUGAUAUGCCAAGCUCUUUGCUCAGAAGACAGCCAUAAGAGAAGAAUCCUUACACUGGGACUUGGAUUUCUGAUUAUCCCUUUUCUUCCUGCAAGUAAUCUCUUCUUCCGAGUAGGAUUUGUUGUUGCAGAGAGAGUCAUCUACCUCCCCAGUAUUGGAUAUUGCAUUCUCUUCACAUAUGGAUUUAGUCUCUUGAGUAAGCAAGCCAAGAGAAAGAAAAUUCUUGCUGUGGCAGUGCUUGGAAUCUUGUUGAUAAAUAUUAUGCGCUGUGCGCUCCGCAGCAGCCAGUGGAGGUCAGAAGAACAGCUUUUUAGGAGUGCAUUGUCUGUGUGCCCUCUGAAUGCAAAAGUGCACUACAAUGUUGGCAAAAACCUGGCUGACAAAGGAAAUCAAAGUGCUGCAAUCAAAUACUACAGAGAAGCUGUAAGGUUGAAUCCAAAAUAUGUGCAUGCCAUGAACAACCUUGGAAAUAUUCUGAAAGAAAGAAAUGAGCUCCAUGAAGCAGAGGAGUUGCUGUCCUUAGCUGUACAAAUACAACCUGAUUUUGCUGCUGCUUGGAUGAAUCUAGGAAUAGUGCAGAACAGUUUAAGAAGGUUUGAAGAGGCAGAGCAAAGCUACUGGACAGCAAUUAAACACAGAAAAAAAUAUCCAGAUUGUUACUACAACUUAGGGCGGUUGUAUGCAGAUUUGAAUCGCCAUAUAGAUGCAUUGAAUGCAUGGAGGAAUGCUACAGUCCUGAAACCAGAGCACAGUUUGGCUUGGAACAAUAUGAUAAUAUUGCUUGAUAACACAGGCAAUCUAGCUCAAGCAGAAGCAGUUGGAAGAGAAGCCCUGGAAUUAAUACCUAAUGAUCAUUCCCUUAUGUUUUCCUUGGCUAAUGUACUGGGGAAAUCACAAAAAUAUAAGGAAUCUGAAGCUUUGUUCCUCAAGGCAAUUAAAGCCAAUCCAAAUGCUGCCAGUUAUCACGGUAAUUUGGCUGUGCUAUAUCAUCGCUGGGGAAACCUGGACUUAGCGAAGAAGCACUAUGAAGUCUCUCUGAAGCUUGAUCCCAUGGCACCAGGAACCAAGGAAAACUACAACCUCUUAAGAAGAAAACUGGAGCAGUUGCAAAAGAAAGGCGGUGCCUGAUGUUCCUUUUCAGGUUGCCCGUGCAUGCUGUUUACAACAACUGUUACAUGGGUACUUCUGACCAUGUACAGGAUUCAGUCAUCAUUUCUCAAAAACAACACCACCAGCACCAAACACUUGAAUGUCCAGUUUUGCCCUCCAACAGAUCCUAACAUUUCAGCUUGAGGGAUCAUUUUAUUUUUACUUGAACUGCUUUUAAAGUCCAUUAGAACGUUUUUAUAGGUAUAUGAAAGCAAUGCAGAUGGAAUUUCACAGCAUACACUUGUAAUUUGAUAUCUUCAUCUGACUUUUUAAUAGCGGGAUGAAUAGCAGGAGGCAGUUUUAUUUCUGAAAGUGAUACUUAAAAGUGCAAUUUCCUGUUUAAAUCCUGAUCUUUUCAAGUAUGAAAAAUAUCUGUCCACUUCAGUUUUAUUACUGCCUUCCAGUGCCAGUCCUGCAGAGCCAGUAUAAGAAUGAAUUCUCUCCAGCACAUCAGUUGACUCAUACAAUUUGAGUUAAGCCCUUAUGCUCAUUUUUGUCUCCAGCCUGUAAAAUGUCAGAAUUGUACAGGAGUAAAUAAGGGCAAGGAUUUGAUCAUAAAUGUCUGUCAGCCAGUGUACUGCUCAGGUAUGCUUGAGUGUAGAAAACACUGUUAGAUGAAGGUGGAGAUUUUAGCAAGCAGCUAAUGAAAAGAAAGUGAGGCAACAGAGGAGUCAGGUAGAGUUUUUGUUCUUGCAGGUAGUCUCAUCUACCACAGACAGCAUGGGCAACAAGUCAGAAUUGCUUUAGCUCCUGUGGCAGGUCAGUAGUUUAAAUACAGUACAAUGUCUGUAGGAGCUAAUUGCUGUGUUCUCAGGCAAUUCAGUGCUUUCUGGUUAAGGACAUUACACCUUUCAGCUCCUAUAUUGCUGGGGAAUAAAGAGAGAAUUUUGGUGGCACAGUAACUGUGCAGAAGACCUGACCUUGGCUGUUGAUCUGUUACCUGAAAGAACUUGGCUUCACCUUUGUCUCCCAUGGCUCGUGUGUUUGCUGAAAGGGCAGAUAAAUAAGCGUAGCUGUUAAUGCAUAAACUGAGCACAUCGAUGUAGGACGAUUCAGAGGUGGUGUAUGUUGAUACCAUAUUACCUCUCAAAAGGGGCUAUGCUUUAAUACACAUUUGAACUCUGACUGUCCAGAGUUGUUUGUCACGUACUAAUAUUUACAUUCCUGCUUCAGGAAGCAGUCACGUCUGUUUGUUUGCUGGUGGUUGGUUUUUCCAGUUUCUUUGGGUUUUUUUGAGAUGUUUGGGGUUUUUUGUUUGUUUGUUUGUUUAAGACUGGAAGUUUGCUAUUGGAUAUGAAAGCUGGGGAACUUUACCUGUCUUUUCAUAUUCCUUUAUUCUUGCCAUCCAUGUCCCCUGGAGGAAAUUGAUCAGCACAGUUAUUUGCAGCUUUCCUAAUUCAUCCAUCAUUUAUUAUGAGAUACUUUAGCAUUCUCCACACACAACUCAUCUAUGUGUGGAACCACUUAAAGUGUCUGGGAAAUUCCUGCCACAGGACAGGAUGCCAUGUGACCUUCUCAUCUGACCACCAUAGAACCAUUUUACAUCUAUACCAUGUUUUGAACCUCCCAGAGGCUACUUUUACAUUAUGAAUUUGCUUGGAAGUGACAGUUGUUUCGAGAACUAGGUGUGUCUGGAGCACACUGCAAUACUGCAGAACUACCAAAGCAUCCUCUGACAAAGCCAGCUGGGGUACUGCAAGUCCUGCAGGUACUUUAGUGUACUAUUUUUCCCACACUAACUGCAGAUCUAGCCAGCAAGGCUGUAGCAGUGUGGUGCUGUUGACAAAUUUAGCUUUGAAUGAACUAACGUGGCUACAGAGUGGUUUUAGUCAAGGUGCCAGAGGCAUGUAGGUGUGCUCCUCUCCUACAAAUAUAGCCUGUGUCUCAGCGAGACUAAUUAGUUCACUUAGGGUACAAAGCUGUGCCAAUUGUUUCCAUUUCUUCUGGUUUCUGGACAAAAUUUUCAGAAAUUUGUUUCUGAAUAUGAUCCAGGCAUGCUCUUUGAUAAGUAUAUGGUUAGCAGAACUCUGCACCAGUAUAGCUAAUCAUCUUCCAAUGACUAGCAUAGCUUCAUACCAGCUUUUGUAUCUGAAAGGUGCUGAAAUAGAUACACCCUUCAGUACAAACAUCAGGUUCUUAAGGCUUUCCAUACGUAGCCUACUGCUCAUCAGAUAGAGAGAACACAUCGCUUCUUCAGUCAUGAGGAAUUAAAGAGUUGGGAUCUUGCUGGAUUAACUAAUUUAUAGCAGAAGAUAAAUAUGUUUAUUAUAAUCAGGUCUUUUCUGUAUAUUUGGAAUAUGACAUCCUAAGUUUAAAUUAUUAUUCUCAUCAUAAAAUCCACAUGUGUAGUUUUCCCUGUUGCUUUCCAUAUCAGCUUUAAAGACAUCCACUAAAUCAAUAUUAUGUAUGAGGGAUGAAUUCUUUGUAGGUCUUUAUAAACCAAAGUUGUAGAAAUUCCUCUGUGGAAGUCCUUGUAUUCAAGAGUCCUAAGACAGAAGAGACAGACAAACAAAUUUGAUGUUUUGUUAGUAUUUGAAAAUGGUGUUUAGUUUUCAGUACAGGCAACAUAAUUUCUUCUUGAUUAGCUUUCUGGCUACCUGUAUAUAUUUUUGUGAGGGUUUAUUUGUUUUUUAUAAUAUUUACUGCUAUAGAAAUUCAGUGUGAUUACUUGUAUGAUGGUAAUAUGAAGCAUACCCUUAUGUCUGAGUUUAAUGUUGAGGCAGAAUUGUGUUCAAAAGAAGCCACAAAGAUGACUGUUUUGUAAUAAAAACUUCCUUAAGACUUUUAAGAAUACUAAAUAUUUUUUUACUUUAUUUUCAGAAAUAUUUUGAAAGUGCAAACAGUGCAGUAGCUUUUAUUAAAAUGGCUAUAAUGUUAACCUUUUUAUUGGUUUUUCAUACCUCAUAACUGACUCCUGGAGCAGUGCAGAACACUCAACUUCAAAGAGAAAAAGGUGAAGAAAAAGUGGGCCUGUACAUAACUGUAGCUACGAAUAUCGUCUAUCUUUCCAGCAUGCUGAAUUUUUUUCCCAUUGCUAAUUCCAGAAGAUUAAAGUUUCAUUAUCAGUUGGCCUGUUUGAUACUCUAGAGAAAUUAAAAAGCCUUUUUUCUUCCUUCUUUUUUUUUUUUUUUUGGGGGGGGGGAAAGAUUACUUGUUCAAAUACAGUUCUGAGAAGAGAAAUACAGAAUGAUUUCAUACACAGAAUGGAGUCAGCAAAAUAGUCACAAUGACUACUAUGGAUGUUAGUCUUUUUUCACCAAAAACCUUCAUAGGAGUUCCCUAAUUGUAUGUCUCAAUUGUGUCUAGAUCAAUGCCAUGUACAUGAAGUUUCCUGUUAUUUAAUUUCAUAGUAUUUAAGCUUAAGAGAUGUGGGUUGUGUGUGUGUUUAUGGGCACUAAGAAAUAAAAAUCUAUAAUGCUUUUGAA